AUGCCCAAGAGCAGCUUGAAAGUUUCCGAGGCAAUAUUUCUGCAAGCCGCUGAGCAUGGCAUUGUAACUGAGAUUGUGUCCUUGGUAUCUUCCAUAAAAGAUCUUGCCAACGAGAAGGAACAGUUGCGAAUACUGGCCGAGGGUCUCAAACUCGUUCUUCAAUAUGGGCAUGACAGUUGCUUGGAGCACUUGCUCUCUCGCGGCGCCGACCCAAACAUCCCUGAUGAUGAUGGUGACACAGCACUACAUGUUGCUGUAGAAGAGGUGAACAAUUUCAACGAUGACUCCGUUAUUAAAAACGUGAAGACGCUCCUUGAAUAUGGCGCAGACUUCACAAUUCAGAACAGAUCAGGGGAGACGCCCCUGCACGUGGCGGCCAGAAAUUCAGAACACAAACAGAUUUUACGACAUUUGCACCCGAUAAUUGAUUCUGAGAGCUUUCAAUUUUCGUUGUUUUCAUCAAAACCAAGCCUGCUAUUAUGCGCGACAGAGAGCGGCUCGGAUGACAAUAUCAAGUUCCUAUCAGAACAAUACGAAUGUUUUGCCCUGUUUCCCCGGAUUUUUGGAGCAGAAAACACUCUAUUAGGUCUUGCCACUCUUCGAAGAACGGCGUUUGCAAUGGAUCUGCUUCUCAAAAAGGGACUAUCCACAAAGACGCUAAACGCAGACGGGACUUCAGUUUUAUAUGAUGCAACAACUUCUGGUCACGAAGAAGUAUUUAAAUAUAUUAUUAGCCUCGGUACAAUAGAUACCUCGUCUAAGCUUGAUGGCUGGAAAGCCAUUCAUGAAGCUGCCAAGGGUAGAUUAACUGCAAAGCUUGCGGGUGAAGACCCAAACACGCAAACCGCCGAUGGAUCUUCAGCUCUACACUUAUCGAUAGAGUCAAGCUUGUGCACCCAGCUUCUAUGCAGACAGGAUCAGAUCAACGUAAACACCAAGGACAAUCGUGGCUUGACGCCUCUUAUGGUUUUUUUUGAAGCUUUUUGUCACGAAUCACGUGUUCACGUGAUAAGAGAAGACCAGGCGGCGUCCUGAAAGGUCAAGCACUAUCAGUACUCUUAUAGCAAAUAGGGACGCUUGGGCUAGCUAAGCGAUCCAGGGAUUUCAUUCGGUUAGUAUCACGUGACAGGGUCACAUGAUCGUUGGAGCUUGCAGGAGCUUGCGUUGGAGCUUGAGGAUCUUGGGCUCCCCGUAGGCUCCACGAGAACGAAGGUUCUAUAUAAGACUGGCACUUCUGCCUUUAGAUAGGAGCUUCGUGCUCAACUUAGUUAUCAAUCUUAUCAUAUCAGUUUGACAUCUUUGAUACAAGUAACGAGUUCACUUCCAAGUGAACAACCCGAUAGUCUUCUUCUUAUCAUAGCAUACCAACCAGCGAACACCCAGCCAAGUUUAGUUAGCCAGUUUGAGUAUUCGUUACACUUUUAGCAAAUCGCUGCAUUCAGAAAGCUCCGCUUCUACUCAGGAAACUGAAUACCGCAAAUCAAUUAAGCUCAGUAUUGGAUUCCUGCUGGAUCGAAAAUCGGAUGCAAGCUUGACUGAUAACAGAGGUAUGACAGCAUUGCAUUAUUUACUCCAACCCAAAUGUGGAAAAAUACGUAUACAGGAAAAUUACUUCAACGUACUUCGCUUGAUAGUCGCGUCUGGUGGGAAUUUGGCUUCUAGAUGCGAUAUGCAUAAGAGACCAUUCGAUUAUCUUCUGGAGGCGUGUGCUGAUCUAUCCAGAUUUAGCUACUAUCCUAAUAAAGACGACUUUGAGGCAAUCUUGAAAUUCUUCAUCAGCAACAUCCCAAGAGAAUCACUCAAUGAACUUUGUGGCAAUGGCAUGACUCCGCUCGUAUUCGCUAUUGACCAGCAGAAUAUGAUAAUGGUUGAACUGCUUCUUGCCUGUCAAGAGGUUGACGUCGAUAUCAAAGACCAACACAGCCGCCUUGCAGCUCUUGAAAUUGCGGCAAAAAACGGCUGCAAUAAAGUCGUCGCUGAAACUCUUCUGUCUCGCACCAAAUAUUCAGUUCAAGCCACGAAUCAAAUUGCUGGCUUCAGUUUGUUACACUACGCCGUACAAGAGAAGAAAAAACAAACAAUGUUGAAAUUACUCCUCGAGACCAAAGCAGGGGAUAUACGAGCUCCAACCCGCGAUGGACGGACUCCUCUUGAACUGGCUAUCAUGGCAGAAAAUACUGCUGCGGCUCAACUACUGGUUGAAGCUGGCGUAGAUGUCCAAAGUCCAUUUGAAAAUACAGGAUAUGCGAUAUCUCCUUUGCACUUGGCCUCUGAGGUUGGCUUUCUUCCAGUUGUCCAAAAGCUUGUUGAUCUUGGAGCCAACGUAAACAUGCAUUCACAGGGUGAACAAGCGACCCCUCUACAUUUUGCAGCGACUUCAAAAAAGGCAGCAUGGGAUACAAGUCUGUAUUUGAUUGAGAAGUGUGCGGACGUUAAUGUACUGGACUACAUUAGUUAUACACCAUACCUUGUAGCAGCGCGUUCUAAUCGACGGAAUAUCGUUCAAGAGCACAUGAAAAUCGACAACAACUUAGACGGAAAACCAACAGAUGGUCGCGACUUGCUAUACUGGUCGAUAUACCAUGGACAAAAUACAAUUUUGAAGUCUCUCCAACAGCGCGGUCAAGAUCUGAAGUAUGAAAUACGAGAUGAUAAAAACAAACUGCUCGGAAAUACACUUAUGGUUGCUGUUCAAACUUGCAAUGAAGAAGCUUUCGAGAUGCUGUGGGAUGAGAGCAUUGUUGACUUUAUAUCCGAUGAUGGUUGGACGUUGGCUCAUUCUGCAGUGCUUCCACAGAAAGACGAAGUCCGAAAAGACUGCUCGAGCACAAUGUAUCCUGGAACCUUCCGACAGUCCCACACCGGUUGCAAGAGGUAA